AUGACAGUGAUCUGCGACAGUAAAGAACAUGACUUGAAGAUGAGCUGUCCUCAGGCUGAGUUAGAGGAGAAGGACUGUCCUCCACCAGAGGAACUGGAGUGUAAAAUCUGUUACCAACGCUACAAUGCUCACAACCGCAAGCCUAAGAUCCUGGACUGCCUGCACCGGGUCUGUGCCCGCUGCCUCAUUAAGAUCCUGGACAUUGCUGAUGGGGCAGGCUUUAUCUCCUGCCCCUUUUGCCGACACCAAACAGAGAUCACAGAGUACGAGGUGUCAGCCCUGCCUGACGAUGCUAAUAUCAUGUCCCACCUGGCGAUGCGGGACAAAUCCUGGAGCUCUGACCACAACGGGGAGGUGGUCCUGACCCCAAAGAGUUUGUCCUCCUCCAGCCCAUCUCACGAUUCCUCCAACUGCCUGGUCAUCACUAUAAUGGAAGUGCAGAGGGACUCACAGCACUCCCCAAGCCAAAAUGCCAGCUCUGACAUCUAUGCUGAGCAGAGCCUGGACUCAGUAUCAAUGGGCUCCAAUGGGCCAGCUGAUCAGGACGCCAUGUCCAAGUUCUGUAAUCAUGUCCCACGCAUCCUGGUCUGGCUGCUGGGAUUCUUAUACUUUGGCUCACUGCCUCUAGGAAUCUACUUGUUGGUGAUCCAGAGGGUGACACUGGGCAUUGUAUGUGUAAGCUUGGUGCCAUCAAGCCUAACAGUUUGUCUGGUCUAUGGGUUCUGCCAGUGUCUGUGCCAGGGCAUGUGUGACUGCUCCUCUAGGGGCUGAUAGGGUGCUACCCGAGAACUCGGGGUCCCAGCAUGGGAGGAAGUCAGCAGCGGUACACAGGUAUUUGAUUGUGUUUUGUGGAUAGAAAGGGGGGCAAAAGGUGAAGAUGAUGCCCUCUGCUACACAGGCUUUACAAGCCUACCAGUCAGUUAUCUUCAUGGAAAUAAUGGGCUAGUAAAAAAACCUACGAAGACCGCCUUUAGUGUUGGUCUAUGCUUUUGUUAGGCCAACUGCUGCAACUCAGAAACCAGUUUGGCCAACAGGAACAGAGCCCCUGACAAGCUAUGUUAGUUGGAGCAGUGGCUAAACCUACAUUUCUGUGAUGUACUUCUGUAAUCUUUAUUUCU